AAUUGUCAUUUUUAAUCUGCUUUGUCGCUGACGGCAGGAGUCCUUUGCGGUUAACCCGCUAUAUUUUCAUUAAAACAGUGUUAUUCUUCAUAAAAGAAGAUCACCUUUUAUUUUUUUGAUAUUUUAAAUUAGCCAACAAAAUUGCUUCCACAAUGACAGUGACGCGGGUGGCGGAGUCCCGCACCGAGUUUAAAUUAAAGAGCUUACCAGACGAUGCUAUAUCGAGCGUUAAAUUUGCUCCUAAAUCCAAUCAAUUCUUGCUAGUGUCCUCAUGGGACUGUUCUGUAAGGUUGUACGAUGUCACAUCGAACACGGAGCGUCAUAAAUACAACCAUGAACUGCCUGUCCUGGACGUCUGUUUUCGGGAUGCUGUUCAUACAUACAGCGGUGGGUUAGAUCAGACUCUUAAAAUGUACGAUCUGAAUGCAAGUAUGGAAACUAUACUGGGGGAACAUAAAGGUGCGAUCCGAUGUGUGGAGUUUGCAUCCGAAGUGAAUGCUGUUCUCACUGGCAGUUGGGAUGGCACUGUCAAAAUGUGGGACAGCCGUGUGCCCAACUGUGUUGGAACUUAUAACCAGGGGAAUGAAAGGGUAUACACAAUGAGCAUAGUGGGCGAGAAGUUUGUGGUGGGCACAUCUGGCCGCAAAAUCUUCGUAUGGGACGUAAGGAACAUGGGACAUGUAAACCAAAGACGGGAAUCCUCUCUCAAGUACCAGACCAGAUGUAUCCGAGUGUUCCCUAACAAACAGGGUUAUGUUCUCAGCUCCAUCGAGGGUAGGGUGGCCGUGGAGUAUCUAGACAGUAAUCCUGAGGUGCAGAAGAAGAAAUAUGCUUUCAAGUGUCAUCGGAUCAAGGACGGAGGUUUAGAAAAAAUCUACCCAGUAAACGCAAUCAGCUUCCAUUCUGUGUACAAUACUUUCGCAACUGGUGGCUCAGAUGGUUACGUCAACAUUUGGGAUGGUUUCAAUAAGAAGAGGCUGUGUCAAUUCCAUAGAUACAAUACGGCCGUCUCAUCUCUAAGCUUCUCCCACGACGGAUCCGCACUAGCAAUUGCUUGUUCCCAACUUGAUGAGACACAAAUAGAGGACCCGAAACCAGAAGAUACCAUCUACAUUAGAUAUGUGACAGACCAAGAAACUAAACCAAAAUGAGAAGUGGACUAUGCCCGGCUGACAUCAUACUAAAUGGCUGUAUCCAGACAGUGUAGUUUAAGAUACGGGUGAAAUUGGACUCCUGAACACUGACUGACGAUUCCAACGAAUGAUUAAUUUCCAUGUUGAGGAGCAAGACAUUUCAAGAUUGUUGUGGUGUUGUGAAAUUUUUCUCUUUAUCCAUAGGAUUCCAAUUGCCCCAAUUAUUGUUAGCUCUUUCGCACACGAAUCAUGGUAUUCUUAAGGCAUUAAAUUAUCAUAAUGACAAUAAACAUCUGAUAUGGUAUGAUGUAGUGUGCGAAAGAACUUCUUUGCUUUUUAGAUGUUGAGACUUAUAAAUUGCAUCCUAAGCUUGUCAUUGUUAUUUAGCGCUUGUUCGAAUGAAUUGCAUGUUUAAUAAUAAUGUGUGGGUACCUAAGAAACCAAAAUGUCUAGAAAUGUUGGUUUUGUAAAUAGCAUACUUGUUCAAUGAACUACUGGAUAUAAAGCCAUGAACCACUCAGCCGGGUAACAAGAUCUUUUGUGAAUAUACUUCACAGUUCAAUUAGAAUAAAUUUUAGUUGUAAGUGAAUAAUAAAAAUAAUUAAGUUUUAAUA